GUUUUCUAUUCUCUUCUGGUGUUGAAUGUCAUUCAUUUGAUUUUCAUUGUUAUCGUUUCUUUUUUUCCAAUUAUCUAUUUUAAUCUAAUCAAUUUGAAAUAAUUAAUUUCUCUUUUUUGUGCUCUGUUAAUUGUUGCAAAGAGAAACAAUUAAUUUCGAUUGGAAAAGGUAGAGAGAUCUGUGUGUUUACCAAUUAAACGCCUUUCUCGCCUCUUUCUGUUGUCGCUUCUCUUUCUCUUCCUCUGUCUUUUUACUGUUAAUCUCACCAACGAGUGUCCUGAAUGUCACCGAUCUGUUAAAAGUCAUUGGACAUUUUUCUUUGCAUUUUUUUCUCUUUAAUCAAUUUAAAUUGUUUUACCUGUGCUGUGGAUAUUCAAUACAUUUAGAUUAAUUUGAUUUCUAAUAUUCCAUUUGAUUGUAAUAGUGUAAUUUUCCCAUUUUUCGGCUCAUUGUUACUCAGCCUCAAGUAAACAGGUAGUAACCGUUUUUUUUUCAUCAAUAAAUAUGAGUGAUUAUUGGCUUAUCUCAGCUCCUGGAGAGAAAACAAUUCAACAAACAUGGGAGGCUCUAAAUAAUGCUACAAGUAAACAAGAUUUAGCCAAGAACUCUAAAUUUCCCAUUCCAGACCUUAAAGUUGGUACUUUGGACACACUUGUUGGACUCUCUGAUGAUCUGGCUAAACUUGACACUUACGUUGAAAGCGUUUGUCGUAAAUUAGCAACUUGUAUUCAUGAUACCCUUGAGAACAAGAAUGACAACAUAAACGAACACUUAAAAGCCAAUGGUCAAGAAUUAAGCAAAUAUUUAACACAGUUUCAGUGGGAAAAGGCGAAAUAUCCAUCACAGCAAAGUCUUAAAGUCCUUUACGAUAUAAUAAACAAGCAGCUAUCGCAAAUUGAUGCUGAUCUCAAGACAAAAUCGUCGGUUUAUAAUUCGUUGAAAGGUACUUUACAAUCGAUGGAGAGAAAACAAACUGGCUCCCUUCUAGUCCGAAAUCUUGGCGAUAUUUGUGAAAAGAAACACUUUGUUUUGGGCUCGGAAUAUCUCACAACCUUACUGGUUGUUGUGCCUAAAGCAUAUUUCAAAGAAUGGAAUGCAAAGUAUGAGAAAAUUACCGAUCUUGUUGUUCCUCGAUCAUCUGAGUUGAUCUCUGAGGAUAACGAACACGGAUUAUUCACAGUUACAGUGUUCUCUAAGUGCAUCGAUGAUUUUAAAACUCGUUGUCGAGAACACAAGUUUAUUGUUCGAGAUUUCCAAUACAACGAACAAGAGAUUGCCGAUAGUAAGAACAUGCUUGCUAAAUUAGAAAUAGACAAGGAGAAGAAGUUACAAAAUCUUCUAAGAUGGUUAAAGAUCAAUUUCUCCGAAACCUUUAUCGCUUGGGUCCAUGUUAAAGCGUUGAGAGUUUUCGUCGAAUCGGUUUUACGUUAUGGACUUCCAGUCAAUUUUCUUGCAGUACUUAUACAUCCUAAUAAGAAACAACAAAGGAAACUUCGUGAAACCUUGAACAGUCUCUAUUCUCAUCUGGAUUCAUCAGCCACCGGUGGGCCAGUUGAAGAUAUUCCCGGAUUGAAUAUGGGCCCGCAAGAAUAUUAUCCAUACGUUUAUUUCAAGAUUAACAUUGACAUGUUAUCUAAUCCAUAAGGUUCUUGUCGAAAUGCUGCCCAUAAUGAUGGAGAUUAUCAAAUAUUAAAUGGAGAGACAGAGAAAGAAAGAGAAAGAGAAAAAUUUACCCUCGAUGAUGAUAAAUCUGCACAUACAUAUACAAAUACAACAAUUGAUUCCUACGGAAAAAAAAGUUAACGUUGAUUCCGGUUGUUUUGAGGAUGAAUUUUAAACAAGUUUAAACAAGCUGUUAAUAUAAACACAAUUAACCCAAAUAUGUGAACCAAGUUAGUCAAAAAUUAGUUUUCAAGUCUUCAAUGUUUUCCCGUUGGACGAUAAAUAAGACAAAGAAAACAAGCGAUCUUUACAUUGAGUGACCUUUAAUUUCCUUGGUGGGCAUUUAAGGUCAAGAUAAUUCCCGUUUCUUUUUUUGCUUGAGACAAUUUUUGUUCCCAUUAUUUAUAAUCAAGUAUGAAAACAAAUUACAAUUACAAACAUAUACACACACUUAUAUAUAAAUAUAUCAGAGAGAAUGAGUUAUAAUGAGUUAAUCUACAAACUCAAUUGAAUUGUUUUAUCGAAUUGUUUUUCCUUGAGAAACAAAUAUCUUUUGUUACUCUUUACCCUGUUCUUUGUUUUCUUUGUUUACAAUCUAUUUCCGAUUUAUAUAUAUAAUUAUUUCCCAAUUAUAAUUCCAAUCAAUAUUAUACACAAAGAAAUGAAAAAAAAAAUAUAAUUGCCAAACGAAUGUAUAAAAACUCAGAGACACAGAUUUGGAUUUUGGAAUCUGAAGAUAAUCGAGAAUCAAAAAUAAUAAUCACAAAUAAAAAUGACUCAUAAUCAUGUUGUUCUUUUUAUGAUGA